GGGAGAGAGGCUGGUGUCUCAUCAGCACAGGCUGCCUGCACAUUUUACAUUUUACGCAGAAAAAAACGAGCCCUUUUGGUUUUCCUCUGAACGGGGUGAAGCUUUGCAGAGGUGUUGAAUGAAACGUUGCCUUGUCAAGUUCCCCUAUGGCCGCUCUCCUUAAAAUGAGAUUCUAGGAUAUUACAUUCACUGAUUGAUAAUUUUGUAUCAUUACAGCAAUAGUUAACACUGAAGGGAGGCGUUUUCCCCUCAUAAUCAGACGAGAAACUGUUUCCUGCCCUGUAUCCACGCCUUAAAGCCAGCUAUUCUGGUUGAAUCCAGCCUGACACCGUUGCAUCUGCAGAGGAGACCCGACUGACUGCACCGACAUGGGGUAUGGACGGUCGGACAGCUACCGCGUGGCCACCACGCAGGACAAGGAUGAGAAGGAGUCGCCCAAGAAGAAGGGAGGCAAGGAUCUCGAUGACCUGAAGAAGGAAGUUCCUCUGACGGAACACAAGAUGUCCGUUGAGGAAGUUUGCCGGAAAUACAACACUGAUAUCGUCCAGGGUUUGACCAAUGCCAAGGCAGCAGAGUACCUGGCGCGGGACGGCCCCAACGCCCUCACCCCGCCCCCCACCACCCCGGAGUGGGUGAAGUUCUGCCGCCAGCUGUUCGGCGGUUUCUCCAUCCUCCUGUGGACUGGCGCCAUCCUCUGCUUCCUGGCCUACGCCAUCCAGGCCGCCACGGAGGACGAGCCGGCCGGGGAUAACCUCUACCUGGGUAUCGUGCUAUCGGCUGUCGUCAUCAUCACCGGCUGCUUCUCCUACUUCCAGGAGGCCAAGAGCUCAAAGAUCAUGGAGUCCUUCAAGAACAUGGUCCCUCAGCAAGCUCUGGUGAUCCGUGAGGGGGAGAAGAUGCAGAUCAACGCUGAGGAGGUUGUGGCAGGAGAUUUGGUGGAGGUGAAGGGAGGAGACAGGAUCCCCGCCGACCUCCGCAUCAUCUCCUCCCACGGCUGCAAGGUGGACAACUCCUCCCUGACCGGCGAAUCAGAGCCCCAGACCAGGUCACCUGACUGCACCCAUGACAACCCCCUGGAGACCCGCAACAUCGCCUUCUUCUCCACCAACUGUGUCGAAGGAACGGCACGUGGCAUCGUGGUAUGCACCGGCGAUCGUACGGUCAUGGGCCGCAUCGCCACCCUCACCUCGGGCCUGGAGACCGGCAAGACACCCAUCGCCAAGGAGAUCGAGCACUUCAUCCACCUGAUCACGGGCGUGGCCGUCUUCCUGGGUGUCACCUUCUUCAUCCUGUCCAUCAUCCUGGGCUACACCUGGCUGGAGGCCGUCAUCUUCCUCAUUGGCAUCAUCGUCGCCAACGUGCCCGAGGGACUGCUGGCCACCGUCACUGUAUGUCUGACGCUGACCGCCAAGCGAAUGGCUCGCAAGAACUGCCUGGUGAAGAACCUGGAGGCCGUGGAGACGCUGGGCUCCACCUCCACCAUCUGCUCCGACAAGACCGGCACUCUGACCCAGAACAGGAUGACAGUGGCCCACAUGUGGUUCGACAACCAGAUCCACGAGGCCGACACCACCGAGGACCAGUCCGGUGCCUCCUUUGACAAGAGCUCUGUGACCUGGGUGUCCUUGGCCCGCAUCGCCGCCCUCUGCAACCGCGCCGUCUUCAAGGCCGGCCAGGAGUCUUUGCCCAUCCUGAAGCGCGACGUGGCCGGCGACGCCUCCGAGUCGGCCCUGCUGAAGUGUAUCGAGCUGUCCUGCGGCUCUGUCAAGGCCAUGAGGGACAAGAACAAGAAGGUGGCCGAGAUCCCCUUCAACUCAACCAACAAGUACCAGCUCUCAGUUCACGAAACCGAGGAGGAAAACGACAACCGCUACCUGCUGGUGAUGAAGGGAGCCCCAGAGAGGAUCCUGGACCGCUGCUCCACCAUCAUGCUGCAGGGCAAAGAGCAGCCCAUGGACGACGAGAUGAAGGAGGCUUUCCAGAACGCCUACCUGGAGCUGGGAGGACUGGGAGAGAGAGUGCUGGGUUUCUGCCACCUGUACCUGCCAGAGGACAAGUUCCCCAAGGGCUUUGCCUUCGACACGGAUGACGUCAACUUCCAGACAGACAACCUUUGCUUCGUGGGCCUCAUGUCCAUGAUCGACCCUCCCCGUGCCGCCGUGCCCGACGCUGUGGGCAAAUGCCGCUCUGCUGGCAUCAAGGUUAUCAUGGUGACCGGCGAUCACCCAAUCACAGCCAAGGCCAUCGCCAAGGGCGUGGGCAUCAUCUCCGAGGGCAACGAGACGGUGGAGGACAUCGCUGCCCGCCUCAACAUCCCCGUCAGCCAGGUCAACCCCAGGGAUGCCAAGGCCUGUGUGAUCCACGGCACAGACCUGAAGGACCUCAGUCAGGAGCAGAUGGACGACAUUUUGAGGAACCACACGGAGAUCGUCUUCGCCAGAACCUCGCCACAGCAGAAACUCAUCAUCGUGGAGGGCUGCCAGCGACAGGGUGCCAUCGUGGCGGUGACAGGUGAUGGUGUGAACGACUCUCCCGCUCUGAAGAAGGCCGACAUUGGUGUUGCCAUGGGAAUCUCCGGCUCCGACGUGUCCAAACAGGCCGCCGACAUGAUCCUGCUGGACGACAACUUUGCCUCCAUCGUCACUGGAGUCGAGGAAGGCCGUCUGAUCUUCGACAACCUGAAGAAGUCCAUCGCCUACACCCUGACCAGCAACAUCCCCGAGAUCACCCCCUUCCUGUUCUUCAUCAUGGUCAACAUCCCGCUGCCCCUCGGCACCAUCACCAUCCUCUGCAUCGACCUGGGAACUGACAUGGUGCCAGCCAUCUCUCUGGCCUAUGAAGCAGCAGAGAGUGACAUCAUGAAGCGCCAGCCGAGAAACCCACUGAGGGACAAACUGGUCAACGAAAGGCUCAUCAGCAUCGCCUAUGGACAGAUUGGUAUGAUCCAGGCGCUGGGCGGCUUCUUCUCCUACUUUGUCAUUUUGGCUGAAAAUGGUUUCCUGCCAUCUCUGCUGGUCGGCAUCAGGCUCAACUGGGACGAUCGCUCCAACAACGACCUGGAGGACAGCUACGGACAGCAAUGGACCUACGAGCAGCGUAAAAUUGUGGAGUUCACCUGCCACACGGCCUUCUUCGUCAGUAUUGUAGUGGUGCAGUGGGCAGACGUCAUCAUCUGCAAGACCAGGCGCAACUCUGUGUUCCAGCAGGGCAUGAAGAAUAAGAUUCUCAUCUUUGGCCUGUUUGAGGAAACAGCUCUGGCUGCCUUCCUCUCCUACUGCCCUGGCAUGGACGUGGCGCUACGGAUGUACCCGCUCAAGCCCAGCUGGUGGUUCUGUGCGUUCCCGUACAGUUUCCUCAUCUUUGUUUACGAUGAGAUCCGAAAACUCAUCCUGCGCCGGAACCCCGGAGGCUGGGUGGAAAAAGAGACAUACUAUUAAAUUAUCAAACCAUUCUUUACUUCUCACCCCCUUUUCCUCCCCCGAACUCAUCCCCCUCUUUUCUCUCUUUCUCUCUUUCUGUCUUUCCUCCCUCCAUCCAUCCUCCCUCCUCUCUC